CAGCAGAUCAACAGAGUUGUAAUUCCUGCGGAUCGUAUACAAGUUUUAUAUGUUUUCAUACUACGAUCUGAAUACCAGCGCACUUAGUUUUAAACUACCCCGUGACGAAAGAUUUGGAAAAGGCUCUGGUUCAUUAAUAUGAGAAUAGACCUGACCUUGACGUAAUCAGAAGUACUAUAAUUACCUAGAUAUUAUAUAUAGACUGCAGCAGCUACAACAGACUAUCUUGUUCAGAGUCAACUCCAAACAGGUGGUAUGGAAUAAUGGUAUAUGUGAUCUACGAUAUCUACAACUACAGUGAUGAUAUGAUUAAGAUCAGGAGCCUAGACUAUCAUCUAAAAUUCGAGGCCAUUGUUCGCUAUGGUAGAGGUCAAGAGACGGAAGAACAAAGAUCUCGGUAUUAUUCGACAGCCGAACUUCCGGACAUUGCUGUGAUUAGUCGCCACGGUCAAUUGGACGAGUACCGACUUGGUGUUGACACCGAUCUCAGGGCUAUCACUUUCUCCUGUCCUCGUCAUGGUGACUACACCAUCCACCUCUCUCGUAGAGAAGAGGUCACUCGUCUGGAGGCGGAUUCUACAGUACGCGCCCUGCUUCGCACUAUGGCGCACCUCGUCGAUGCUUCCGUACACAAUAUCCGUGUUACAAGUCCAAGUAAAGCUGGAAUCUAUCAGGAGACGCUUUUGUAUCGUCCUCUCGCUGCCUGGUCAGCCAGCACAGGUUUAGCCAAUGGCCGGACACCUCAUAUCUUGUACUACCCCCUGAUCACCAACUAGAGUGGCGCAAGGCUGUCGUCACGGUAUAUACACGAUGGAGAGUACGAGCUCAUCAGGUCCUUGGGGGCCGAGGCACUAAGCAACUAUGCACAGUUGAAAGAAAAGCUCCGCGCCGACGAUAACGGCGGCGCACUACGCAAAGUAUGGGACGAGGUGCGACGCUGGAUAGCGGAGCCCAAAAAGCUGUUCAGAACAUUCUCAUUGGCGUACAUGAACGAUGUCAUUAUGCA